AUGCAGCUGUGCCGGGGCCGCGCGCUGGGCAUCUCGGUGGCGGUGGCGCACGGGGUCUUCUCGGGCUCUCUCAACAUCCUGCUGAAGUUUCUCAUCAGCCGCUACCACUUCGCCUUCCUGACGCUGCUGCAGUGCCUGACCAGCUCCACGGCGGCGCUCAGCCUGGAGGUGCUGCGGCGCCGGGGCGUCCUGGACAUGCCGCCCUUCGGCUUCAGCCUGGCGCGCCUCUUCGCCGGGGUCACGGUGCUCUCCACGCUGCAGUCCAGCCUCACCCUCUGGUCGCUGCGCGGCCUCAGCCUGCCCAUGUACGUGGUCUUCAAGCGCUGCCUGCCCCUCGUCACCCUGCUCAUCGGCGUGCUGGUGCUCAAGAACGGCAUCCCCUCCGUCGGGGUGUCGCUGGCCGUGCUCAUCACCACCUGCGGGGCAGCGCUGGCAGGUGCAGGUGACCUGACAGGUGAUCCCUUUGGCUAUGUGACUGGUGUGCUGGCUGUGUUGGUGCAUGCAGCGUACUUGGUCCUUAUUCAAAAGACAAGUGCAGAUAGUGACUACGGGCCCCUGACUGCCCAGUAUGUUAUUGCGGUCUCAGCCACACCCUUUCUCAUUAUCUGCUCCUUUGCCAGCAUGGAUACCAUCAAUAUGUGGCAUUUCCCAGGAUGGAAAGAUCCCACCAUGACCUGCAUCUUUAUUGCAUGUGUCUUGAUUGGCUGCGCCAUGAAUUUUACCACCCUUCACUGCACCUACAUCAACUCAGCUGUAACCACCAGUUUUGUCGGGGUGGUGAAGAGCAUUGCAACCAUCACCGUGGGCAUGGUGGCUUUCAGUGACGUAGAACCCACAAAACUCUUUAUAGCGGGUGUAGUGGUCAAUACUGUGGGCUCUGUCAUUUACUGUGUGGCCAAGUACAUCGAAACCAGAAAGCAGAGUAAUUAUGAAGACCUGGAGAAGGAGAAUCAAGAGAAGAAAGAAUGUGAUGGAAGCCAGCCACCAUUCAUAAUGGAGCAGAUGUCCGAGGAGGCAGAGCCCAUGGAUACUGCAACAGAGGAGACAGCAAAUGGAAGCAGCCAGAAAAGGAUGGAGGAGGAGGAGGACAGCAUUAUGGGAGAAGCAAAGACACCUGUCAUCCCUAAAGGUGGCAGCACUGAAGGACUUACCAAAAGCUCAUUAAAAGAUGCCUAUCUUGGAGUAUGGAGAUUGGUUAGGGGGGCUAAUUAUGUAAAGAAAGAUUAUCUUGUGGAGAAUGAGGAACUGCCAAGUCCUUGAGGAGUAAUUUCUUAGUAAAUAAUAGUAAUCAAGGAUGCAUGUAUUGCAUUCCUUAUGGCAAGAGUACAGAUGGACGGAUGCUUUCAUAUGUUCACAGACAAAUCUUAAUUGGUUAUUAGGGAGAUUUUACCUCAUUCUGAUGGAACAAAAGCAUGUGGUUCAUGCUCAGAGUCAGCAAAAUUCCAUUUUUUUCCAUGUGCUCACCUCUGAAUUUCAUAUUGGAAUCAGGCCUGGACUAGCAAAACUAGGCACCCCAGCAAAAUGUUUCAUUUUUUUAUUCACAGAAGCCCUCUGGUUUGGACUAGUUAGUGUGUUCUUCAUGAUUACUCCCUGAAGUACCAAUGGGAUUGCUUAUAGCUGUUAAAAACAUGAUACCCAUGAGCAAAAGCUAUACACAUUUGUUGCGCUUCAUGGUUUCCGUGCAUCACAUAUAUGGGCUCUGUGCCUGCGCAGAACCUAUUGUUGGGAAGCUACUACAGGUAAGCAUUCAUGUGGGUGAGAGCCCUUCCUCUUCCUGUUCCAAGGAAAUGUGUGGAGAGGCUCCCAGUCAUCCCCUGAAUUCCC